GGCAAAAAGCUAUAACCUUUCUGAAUGCGAAGCCUCUGCAGGCCUCAAGAGCGAAAAGCGUUAUCAAGGCGACGUGCAAGCGCCUCUCGAGCUCGACGCUCGACUCCUUACCCUUACCUCUCCGUGGCUCGACAACUCGGCUCUUCGGGCUGCGUAGCGGCGGGGCGCAUGCGUAUUAAUCCAGCUCCUCCAUCGGCGGGCUAGUUAGGGUUUGGUGCGCGGUGUCCGGGAAGAUGGUGAAACUGACGGCGGAACUCAUCGAGCAGGCGGCGCAGUACACAAACGCUGUGCGAGACCGGGAGCUGGAUCUGCGGGGAUAUAAGAUCCCAGUGAUUGAGAACCUAGGUGCUACCUUGGACCAGUUUGAUGCUAUUGAUUUCUCUGACAACGAGAUUCGAAAGUUAGAUGGGUUUCCUCGGCUGAAAAGACUGAAAACAUUGCUGAUGAAUAACAACAGGUUAAGCCGAAUAGGUGAGGGACUUGAACAAUCUUUACCAAAUCUUGAGGAACUCAUUCUUACCAACAAUAAUAUAAUGGAGCUGGGAGAUUUAGAUCCCUUGGCAACUGUCAAAUCACUAACAUAUCUGAGUAUUUUGAGGAAUCCUGUGACAAAUAAGAAGCAUUAUAGAUUGUAUGUAAUCUUCAAGGCCCCACAAAUCAGAGUGCUGGAUUUCCAAAAAGUGAAAUUAAAAGAGCGUCAGGAGGCAGAGAAAAUGUUCAAGGGCAAGCGGGGUGCACAGCUUGCAAAGGAUAUUGCCAGGAGAGCAAAAACUUUCAACCCAGGUGCUGGCUUGCCAACUGACAAAAAGAAAGCUGGCCCCUCCCCAGGAGAUGUGGAGGCAAUCAAGAAUGCCAUUGCUAAUGCCACAACUCUUGCUGAAGUAGAGAGGCUCAAGGGCUUGUUGCAGGCUGGUCAGAUACCUGGCAGAGACCGUAAAGCAGGCCCCAUGGAUAACGCUGAAGAAGAGAUGGAGGAAGAUUCAAUUGCCAACGGAUCUUAAAAUGCUUUUUUUUUUUGCAUCUGGAUAGUCAGCAGAACACUUUGUACCAUUGUCUGUUUUUCAAAGCCUUUUGAUUUAUUGCUGAAGUGGAAUUUUUUUUGUGGUUUUUGUUCAGAAGCACUCUUGUGAAUUGUAUUUUAUACUAUACAUUUUGAAGCAAAAUUAAAACUUUUUCCUUAAUGCAUUGUAAAUUUGAUACAAGCAGUGUGUUUUAAACUAAUGUUAAUGCAACCUUAUUUUCUGUGUAACACCCCCUG